AACUUUAUCAACGAGCAAAAAUAAAUCAUAAAAAAGAGAGAAAAAGAACAAAAGAACAGAAUAAAUGAAAAAAAUGAAAAAAUGAAGGAAUAUAAGAAAACUAUAAUUAUUUCCGGAGCUUCAGGAUGUGGGAAGUCUUCUGUUGCAUUAGAACUAUAUUCACAAAUAAACCAAUUCGAUCUCCUACACCAAAAACUAGUUACUAAAUUCAUCGAGGGCGAUGACUUGCAUUCAAUGGGAAAUAUAAGAAAAAUGAGCAGCGGAAUUCCAUUGAACGAUGAAGAUCGAAUCAAAUGGUUAAAGUUGAUUUACAAGACAAUUUAUGAGUCCGACGCAAAUUUAAACAUCGCUACAUGUUCGUUGUUGAAAAAAAAGUAUCGGGACUUUAUUAUUGGUGAAAAGAGAAAAAGAAAUUCAAAUAAUAUUGACAUUUUUUUUCUUUAUUGUGAUUACGAAAAAACAGUUAAAAGAGUUCAAAAUAGAUCAAACCACUUUAUGAAGGAAAACAUGUUGAGGUCUCAGUUUGAUAUUCUAGAGUUGCCAAAUGAAGACGACGAACAAUACUGUCAUGUUAUCAAUGUGAACAACAAAACCAUUCAACAAAUUGUCAAUGAAAUACACAGAAAAAUAUUGCCCAGUGCUGUGGAACAGAGCACGUGACACAAAAGAAGGAAAAAAUGUGGAGAUCGGGUGUUCGACUCACUCAGGAGAUUUGUUUGAAUUUAAAGCACAUCAUUUCACGUGAUAUAUGACUGCGUAGCAAAAAGAAAGGUAUUUGCUCCAGGAGGGGAUCGAACCCACGACCGUCGCGUUACUUAAC